UUCGCUCCGACAGAGAAGCCUGCCGGAAGUGGAAACGGAGAAUACCAACCCCUUCUGUUGCACACAUAUUGUUUGUUAAUUAUGUACAAAACGGUACGAAAGGGCGAUGCCAGCCUGCAAUACACAAUUCUGCCGCAAACGGACCAGUUCUCAUCGUCUGGGUUCCCUCAGACCUCGAGCAAACCGAGGCCGAGGAUCAUCAAAUAUACCAUGGGGAUGCUGAUGAUCCUCAUUAUUUUGUCCUGCGUGGCGACGCCGUUCCUGAUGAAUCAAAACGACCAGAGUCUGUUCGCCAACACCGUUUUAGCGAUGAGUCGCGUCAGUCACAACACAAUAGCCAGAAAUUCGUCGAGGAGUCAAGGAAAAGAUAUCGUGCACAAAAGCAAAAGUAAAUUCCCUGUGACGACCGCAUCGUCCGCGGAAAUGUACAGAAAAUCGGAUGCUGAAGACGAAAUGAAUACGAUGCCGGGGGUGUUGAAGGCGGAGAUACAACAGACCGAGGAUUUUACGACCACGGAGGCCGUAAUCAUCAGCACGCAACGUCUCCGUACCUCGACGGACUCGACAACAAGUGUCCGACAGACAUCCACCCCGUCCCCGUCGACGAUCUCCCCGACGUUCUCGACGACGUUCAAGCCCGUGAUCAGUACCCCGAACGAAGUGACCAAGACGUCGGCGAGCUCGCCAAGAAAGGCGAAAAUGCCGAGGAUAACCUUGAAGCUACGGGAGAACGAAACAAUACCUCAGAUGUACAUGAAGGCGGGGAUAGCUUCGUACAAAAAAGGAAACAUUACGACCAGUGUUCUGGCGCACGGCCUAAGUCUCGAGGGGUUAAUCUUCAAGACACCUGAGGGAACGAUAAAGCCGUGGCCUCAGAAGUGGUUCUUUACCGACCCCUCUUCCGACUUCCAGUGGAAGGGAUCGAACCAGAUGCCAGUAAUGAUUUACAUAGUGCUGGCAGGAUUGGCAGCGUUGGCAAGCAUCAGUAUCGUCCUGAUGUUCUACGUGCAACGAAAGGCCAUAAGACGCCAGCGUCAAAGCGUGGAGGAACCGGAAGUAGAGGGUCACGAGGAAGACAAAUCGACCUUGUUGGGCAGCGAGAGCCAGGAAACCGAGGAGAAGGAGUAAUCGUGAUUCUACAUGUAACAGGGAAACCACGUAGCUCGUAAGACUCGCAUAUUUUUACAACACGCGCAUCAGUUAGGGUUAGGUACCUCGCGUCAAAGAACGGACGAUCGUGGAGACGUUGGAAACACCGAAUAACAUUAACCGGGUUUGUUUGAUCGAGUAAUAGAGACAUCGGUUAUGGAAUUGACAAGUGAUCAUCCAUUUGCUUACACACUUAUUGUUUAUCACGGACUUGAAGUAAUUAUAUUUCAAUUAGCCUUUAACUUAACGCGUAACAAGUAACACGAUUAUUACUUUUGAUACAAAACGUUGUUAACGAAGUUGACGAUUUCUUUAUCGAGUCAUCUUAAGGAGUUUAACCUCUUAACCUCGGCGGCCAUUUUAGCUAGAAUAUUUAAUAUUCGGAAGAUCGGUGUAUUCAUUGAAGAGAAAAUGUCUGAAACAGAACUGAUUUCAUUUUAAUCCUUCGUUGCAAAUAUAUUAUAAUAUAUUCUUGUAUUUCUUCAAACAUAAAUAAAAUUAUU